UUGUUGUGUAUUUAUAUUAAAUUAAUAAACAUGAAUAUUAGCCGGGUUGCAGCGACUGCUGAAAUCCUUUAACUAAUUUAACCGACGUUUAAUUUGAACAUAAAAAGUUGGCUAACAAAAGUAGCUCAGGCGGAGAGUUCACCGUUGUAAACCUGUAACUAAGGCAACGACGAAUGACGUGAGUCGCGGGAGAAUAAACGCGAUCAGAGCAACACAACAACUUGGGAACUGUUUGUGUUCCUGUUUAGUUUGUGAUUUCCAGUUAUAUAUGUUGGACAUGGAGGGACAUAACUUUGGGAAAGACAGGCUUAUCGUACCCACUGAUUUCACCUCAGCGACGGUUUCAAGGAAUAUCCAGGACAACCUGGUGCCCCCAUCGCAUUUCACAUCGAGUGUCCAACCUGUUGGAGCACACAGAGGCGUCCAAGUCUCAGGGACACCACCAUCCAUCUCCUGGAUAAACCCAAAUUUAUCAUCAGCACCAUCAGAGGAUCCAGGUCCUGCCAACCCAUGGCUGGCCAUCACUCAGGCCCAACAAGAAAUACUGGAGCUGAGGAAAGAAAAUCAGAGGAUGAGGAUAUUACAAAGAGACAGCGUAAGAGGAAGAGCCCCUGUGGAUCACCCAUCAGACUUUAGGGCAAGAUCUACAGAGAGAAGUGAGCAGUGGUCCAGAUGGGAGUCAGAGUGGCGUCUGGAGGCAGAAAAGCACAAGGCUGAAGCUGAAAGGUUGAAGGGGCAAGUGGAGGCCCUGAAAGAGACUGCAGGGAGAUACAGGGAAGAGAUGAGAGACAAAGACAUCACCUUGAACAGACAGGGCCAUGAUUUGGAAGCAAUGCGUGAGGAGCUUUGUAAAACAAAGACUGAACUCGGCCAAAUCAGAGAGGAGCUCACUUGCAGCUGCGUGCAGAAGGAGAAAAUAAGCUCACAGCUUGAAAGACUAAAGAGAGAGUCUGGUGAGGAAUUUGCAAAGAUGAGGAAAGCUGUAGAGAGGAGCAAAGAGGAAGCCCGGGAGCUUGCUCUGAAGGCUGAGAUGGGCAGGCUACAGGCAGAGGAAGAGGCCAAAAGACAUGCUCUUAGAGUGUCAGAGCAACUGGCGGAAAUGCAGAAGAAGCAGGAGGUAGAGCUGCAACAACUGAAUGAUUCCCACUCUGCAGAGUUGAGUGCAGCAAGAAAAACAAACGGAGAACUACAGGACAGACUUCAAGUAAUGACCUCAGAAUUGCUGCAGCUGAAAAGCAGUCUGACGGAGGUAUCUACUGAGAGAGACGGGCUGAAAGAACAUUUAAGCCAAAUGGGACGAGCUUUUGAGACACAAUCGGCAACUCUGCACAGCCUCAGAAAUUACAUCGGCCAGCUCGCCCCAGAGAAAGGAGAGAGGGAACAAUUAAAUGAAGCUGUCGAGAGGCUGAACAAAGAGAAAGCGGCUCUUCAGAUGACCACAGAGCUUCUGACAGUCAGACUUAACUCUGUGAACGAGAUACUCACCCUCCAAGAGGAGAAAAUGGUGAAGAUGAUCUCAACUGACCUACUUGUGAAAAAUGGAUCUGAGGGCCUUAGUGUGCUUCACCUCUGGAGAGAGAAAGUCUUCAAGUUGUGCGUCCAGCUUCGCUCAAAGGACAUUGAACUACGAGGAGAGAAGGAUAAACUUCUGUCAAAAGUCAGAUUCAUGGAGCAGCAGCUCCAGCAGGAGCAGCACCGGGCAAGUGUGCUUCAACACAGUCUAGAUGACAGGAUAGCUGAACUGGACCUGGAGAGAGUGGAAAAGGAGUCAGUGAAACAGGACUUAACCCAGACUCACAAGGAGAACUCACAGCUGAAGUCACAGAGUCACAAAGCAGAAGCUGAACUCAAAACCCUGACAGAAGCAGUAAAUAGGUUCAGUCUGGCAUUUGGAAGCAAGGUGGCAGAAGUGGAUGCAGCUCAAACAAGACUCAACACUUUCACCCAGAGGCUAACUUUCGCUAAAAGACGAGUGGACACCAUCCAUGGUUUGAUCAUGAGGAGGCAGGCUCUGCAGAAAGUUCAGCAAGCCAGUAAACAGGCAGAUCAUGCUGCUGACAGCAUCAGAAACCUCCAAACAGAGCUUAGUCUGGUGUGUGAAGAGAGGGACAAGCUAACACAGGAGCUCAAAAGAACCCCGGAGCUCAUCGAGAAAGCGUUGGCUGAUCUGAAAGAAAAAUAUGAGAGCAAACUGAGGGAGCAGCAGCAGGAGCUGGAGCAGAGCUGGGUGGAGGUCCGGCAGGCUGCGGCCGGUCGAGAGGAGGCCCAGCAAAGCCUGCAGCAGAUCCAGGCCCAGCUGGACGAGAGCAAGGUCAACCUGGAGAAACUCCAAUCUGAACUGCUCAGCCAGCAGGAGCACAGCGAGCAGGCCCUGCAGGAGAGAGUGUCUGAGAUCGAAGACCGCUGUGCUGAGAAGCUGAGACAGAUGGAGUUUCAAGUCAAUACAGCCAGGAGAGAGCACACCAAAGCAGUUAUGACUUUGCGGCAGUUUGAGAGAGAGGCGGCGAGGAAAGAGAACCAGAUGAGAGAAACUCAGCAUUUGCACAGUGAACACACAAAGAGGGAGGUCCAGAAUAAACAUCUGAAGGAGACGGAGAGGGACAAAAACCUACUGCUGGCCUCAGAGAGAGGGCUGAUGAGUGAGUUUACAAGAGUUCGCACAACAGCUCUACAAAACUCUACCGCUCCCAGGGAACAACAAGAAAAACCUGCAGAUAGAAGUCGCUCUGCAGAAGCAAAAAUCCAGCUACCUGCACACAUGACCUGUCUGUAUCCUGUCAGCGAGACUCUUUUCUGUUUUGGAGGAGCUGCACACUCUCAGUGCCGCGGUGGUGAACAGCUCUGAGGACUCUGCAGAGGAGGAGGGACAGAAUGACAGCGUGGAACCAUCCACAGCUGAUACAUGAAGACGCUUCACUGGAGCCAGUCAACACACCUUUUAAUUUGUACGACAGGUGGGCAGUUUUGAUGCUUUUGGAGGAAAAAAAGCCACUGGAGCCAAACAUCAGAAAAACAUAUAUAUGUCACAUUAUUACUGAGUGUUUAACAAGAUGACAGCUAAAUUUAACAAAAAUAUAAAUUUAGGUAAAAAUUCUUUCAAUACAUCUUCUACAUUUAUCUCCAAGAUGAUUUUUAACAGCGAAGAUAAAAAUAUAUUGAUUGACUGAAUAUUUAACUUAAGAUUUUGUGAAAUCUACAAAAGCACUUCUCAACCAAAGUUGAAUGAAAGGUUCAGAUUUUUAUGUGAAUAUCUAGUUUCAACAUCAAACAGAAUAAUCUGGUACGUCAGUCUCUUGCUUCGACUAAAUAACCUCACCAAUAAGACUAUGUUCACUCUCAUACCGAAUCUACUUGUUUUGAAUAGUUGCCCUUUAAAAGUGGUCCCAGACUAGUUUUGAACCGUGUUUAUUGACUCAAAGAAAUGCUUUAAGUUAAGUUGAUACGGUUGUGAAGAUACAUCAGAUAAAAUAAUAGAAUUAAAAAUAACUGUCAAUGGGAAAAUAACUGGACACAUGGUGAUGACUUUAUUAAAUGCAAAUAUGUAACUAGAUUUUUGUCAGUUUCAGUGAGCUUUUUAUUCGUUGGCAAAGAGAAGCCUGACAGAUACAAAUACAGCUGACAUAGUAGUCCUUUAGAUGAUUGUGUGAUGAUCCAAAGUGUCUCUUCGUUAUGCAGAGACUGGUGCCAUGUCUUACUUGUCAUUGUGACUUAAUAAAGUAUUUUUGUAUUGCAA